AUAGGUCACGUGGUGCAAAUAGUUUACUAGGCAACAACUUCUCUAAAAUUCUUCCGUUAAAUAUGCUUUAUUAAGAGAUUGUUCCUAACUUAAAUUCUAUGUAAAUAUUAUAAACUGUGUCGAAGUGUUAUUUGAUUAAAUUUUUAAGACUCAAAUGUCCUUUUGAAGCUUGGGAUGAAUCCGAUAGCAACAAGGGCACCGGUUACAGAGGAUUCAUUUCCUUUGCCUGCCAUCCUAUGCGUUUCAAUUGGUGGAUUUUUAGUUCUGAUUAUAAUUUUGUUCAUUGUUAAAGAAUUAUGUCAAAGGAGGGGAUGCUGCCCUGAAUGCGGAUGUACAUGUCUCGGAAAAGAGGGAAAUACCCAAUGUUGUGAAUGUUGCAUUGAAUGUGCACAAUGCACAAAUUGUUGUCAAUCGCCAAACUUGAAUGCUUGCUUAGAUAGGAUUUGUCCAUGCGAAAGACAACGUUUUACUUGUCAAGAUCUUCUCAUGUGUAAAUGUUGUUUCGAUGAAGAAGGAUGCUGUCAAAAGUGCUGUGCUGGUGGAACAUGUUCGUGUGGAGAUUCGUUUUGUCAGUGUACUUCUCCAGAUUGUCAGGUUGUAGAUUGCUGCUGUUUCACAUUGAACAUGAAAAAUCCACCACCUCCUAAUUCUGGAACGUGGCAUACUCAAGGUUACGGUCAACAGCCUCAUCCAGAAGGUGGCUAUGGUCAACCCCCUCCUCAAGGUGGCUAUGGUCAACCGCCUCCUCAAGGUGGCUACUAUGGUGGUGGCUACGGACAAGGCUACGGAGGAUAUGAUCAACCGGGACAUGGUUAUGGGCAACAACGGCCUGGAUUCAAUACGGGAACCCAAGGAUAUAAUCAAAGUGGCUACCAAAACCCAGGUUAUUCGGGGUAUCCGCCAACAACUCGUAUAACUCAACCUCAAUCAUCGGAAAGACGAUAG